UUGUCGGCCCACAGCAUUCGGCCCGUUACACCCCCACUCAAAAUUUCCAACCAACCUCGAGAGCUCUGCAAAUAAUCAAAGAAAGGUCAAAAAACAAUACCCACCGAUCAUAUUGCUGCUUUCCAGUGGGCCCUAAAGUUCUGUUGCAAUAGCUAGUAAGUUGCCCACGUGGGUGAAUGUUGGGUAACGUUUAUUCUGGAAAGGCCAAAAAGAGCAAAGAAAUUAAUUUACUUCCGAGUGCUCACACUUCAGACUUCGCUCGCUCUCUCGCCCCCUCCCGUGCUCUUCGAUAUCGGAGCAGUCGCAAUGCCGGCGAACCACCGCAUGCAACUGCUGCUGUCGCUUCUACUACUGGCCAUCUCGCCACCCUCAUGGUGGCAGAGAAGGAGCACCUGGUGGGGCGCCUUGGCUGUGGGCGUGAACUGGGGAACCUCCUCGUCCCAUACCCUGCCCCCGUCAGUAGUAGUGACGGAGCUCCUCAAGGCAAACGGCGUCGCCCGAGUGAAGCUCUUCGACGCCGACCCCUCCGCGCUGGCCAGCCUCGUUGGCUCCGGAAUAGGCGUCUCCAUCGGCGUGCCAAACGAGAUGCUCCGCGCACUCAGCUCCUCCAAGUCCGCCGCCGCAAGUUGGGUCCACGAUAACGUUAUGCGCUACUUGCCAACCGCUGGAGGCGCAGUUCGAAUCGAAUUUGUUGCUAUUGGUGAUGAGCCAUUUCUCCUCAGUUAUGGGCAAGAAUUCCAGCCGUUUGUAGUUGGUGCUGCAACUAAUGUUCAGCGGUCAUUGGCUGCCAUGGAUUUAGCAAACAAGAUAAAAGUCAUUGUUCCAUGCAGUUCUGAUAUCUACCAGUCUGAAUCUAACCUGCCGUCAAAGAAUCACUUCAGGCCUGAUCUCAACAAGACUAUGAUUGAGCUCCUCUCUUUCCUCCACGAGUAUGGUUCACCCUUUGUGAUUAACAUGAAUCCUUUCGCAAGCCUUCAACAGAAUAAGAACCUUUCUCUUGGUCAUUUUCUCUUUCAAACAAAUUCGCACCCGUUAACUGAUGGAGCUAACAAGUACAAAAACUACUUUGAUAUGAGCAUAGACAGUUUGGUUUCGGCUUUAUCAAAAGUUGGUUAUGGUGAAAUGGAUAUAAUUGUGGGGAAGAUAGGAUGGCCCACAGAUGGGGCAAUGAAUGCCACACCUGCAAUUGCCCAGAGGUUCAUGCAAGGGCUUAUGACCCACUUGCAGAGCAAAGCUGGUACUCCGCUCAGACCAAAAAGACCACCAAGGGAAACUUAUGCCUUUAGUCUACUAGAUGAAGAUCGAAGGAGCAUCAAAUCUGGAAAUUAUGAAAGACAUUGGGGCAUCUUCACAUUUGAUGGCCAGGCAAAAUAUACAGUGGACCUCGGUCAAGGCUCGAAAGCACUUGUAAAUGCUCAUGAUGUUGAAUAUCUUGCUCAGAAGUGGUGUAUAGUGAAUAACAACAAGGACACGUCAAAUAUUUCUGGCAGUGUGUCACAAGCUUGUUCUAAUGCUGAUUGCUCUGCUUUGUCUGCUGGAGGCUCGUGCUCUGGAAUUGGUUGGCCUGGGAAUGCCUCAUAUGCUUUCAACAGCUUCUUUCAGCUUCAUGACCAGAGUGCAGAUAGUUGUGAUUUUGGUGGUUUGGGGUUAAUAACUACUGUGGACCCGUCGAUAGAUGAUUGCCUAUAUACUGUUGCAGUCCGCACUUCUCAUUCUAUUUCUACGUCUAUUCACAGAGGAGUUGAAUGGUCGAUUUGGAUUCAUGGACGAACCCUUGUUUCCUUUUUCUUAUUAGUUUGGCUUUGAUGUGCUCAGGAGCUAACUUCCACGGGAUCACACUUUCAAUCCUUUCAACCUAGACCAUUCAAAUUUGUUUUAUGACAAGCUGAUGACACCUAGAUUUCUGGUUCGAUUGGUGUCGCUUGCUUGUCCUGCAAAAUUUGAAGUUAACUAGGUGUCUCGAGCAGCAGUUUUAUUACAAAGGUAGCUUGCCAAUCAGGUUAUUUGGCAGUAAGAAACUUUGGAUCAUACAAGUCAAUUUUCUCCUGCUAAUAUGCCCUUCGCAUGGUGGUGGCAUCUUGAACUCAGUCAAAAAUGCCUAUUCUAUCAUCAUUUUAUUUAUCAAAACGUUUUGUGAUUUUAACUUUUAGUUUGUCGAUAAAGUUUUAUAUGCAUCUUUCCCUUCCAGUAUUUGAAAGUGUUCUCCACUUUCUUCAAUUUGGUUUGGGGUUGUUCCCAUCAAAGCUAGAUUAUGUUAUUUAAUAUGAUGCUCCACUUAUUCUCAGCUGUGAUUCCUUGGAAAUUUCCAGUUGUGGCUCC